GCGAUCGUACGUCCCUGAGUGAAGAUCAACAAGUAGCCGCGAGGUGGUGGGGCGCAUCUCUGUUUGUACGCCGGUGAGGGGUUGGUGGCGCGGCCUGCGGCACGACGCGGACAGAGUGGCACUGGAGAGCGUGGGGGAAGGACGCGCGGUACUGCACGGCGUUGUGUACGGACGGUGAGCGAGCGAGCGAGCGAGCGAGCGAGCGAGCUGGUAGGGCAAAGCGAACGUCGCGUUCUGUGACGCGCGUUCAGUCUGGUAGUCGCGUUGGCACGGCGUCGUUCUUCAGGUAUCGCGAUCAUUCCCGUGGACGUUGCGACGAGUCAGCGCGAGUCGUCGUUGAGAGUGCACGGUACGGCGAGAGUGUAGUGUGGCUAUACAUAUCGGGGUUCGUUUCUGACUCGAUUCUCCGCGAAAGAGAUCGAAAGAUCGGGACACGAUGAGAAGUGCAGGUGGUGUAUAGUGAUCGUUGAAACUGAACGCGAGACGACGUGAGUGAAACAUCGACGCGCGACAAAGGAGAAGACGAUACGCGCGUAGUUCGGCCGCGCUGACCUGAGAGGACGGUUCGUGAAACCAGAACCGCCAUAAAGAGAGGAACCGAAGGGGGAGGAGGUACGGCGAUCGUCGUCGUCGUUAUCGUCGCCGGGGACCGUCGCGACGAGGAUGGGAGCUGCACGGGCCGGGGCGAGGCCCCGACCGCUUCUCGGCCUGCCGUUCAUAGCCUGCGUUGUACUGCUCUACGGAACUCUCGCGACUGCAACGAGAUUGAGGCACUCGAGACACCUGGACUCGAGAUCGCAGUUCCCGGACGAGGAGGAAUUACCGCUCAAUGAGAAUCACAACCACAAGCCGGUGUUUACCGAUUGUGCGAAUUACACGCCGUUGCUGCAGGAGGAGGUGAACCGCGACACCUAUGUAUUUCAGGUGCACGCCGAGGACACGGAUCCGCCGGAAAACGGAGGUACCGUCACGUACAAAUUCGUGUCCGCGCCCCAUGAGAAGCUGAAAUUCGAGAUCAAUAAUAUAACUGGCGUAAUCACGACGAGCAUGUACAUGGACAGGGAUGAGCCCUUCAGAGAGAGGGAGUUCUAUCUCACGGUGCUCGCCACCGACAACGGCAGGCCGCAGCUGGACGACGUGUGCACACUUAAGGUUACCAUCACAGACAUCAACGACAAUGAGCCCGUCUUCGACAAAGUGGCGUACACGGAAUCCGUGCCGCAAGACUUGCCCGUCGAUCGCGAAGUCAUGAGAGUCUCCGCCACCGACCUCGAUGACGGUGAAAAUGCCACUGUGCGUUACAAUCUGUCGUCUAAGACGAAGCUGGGUGAUGAGGAAUAUUUCCGGAUCGACAGCGAGACCGGCAUCAUAUUUCUCAAGAAAGCUAUAGACCGCGAUCCAGGUUAUAAAUUCACUAUGGUAGCCACAGCGAUGGACCUCGGCAAGCCUCCAAUGGCCAACCAAAUUGAUCUUGACAUACGGGUGGUGGAGUCGCACAAAAAGGCACCAGCUUUUCUACCUAGGCCAACAGCACCGAUUAAGCUGUUGGAGAAUUUUAGCGACUUCGACGCCAGCAUUGUCCGUCUUAAAGCGGUCUCUAACGUCAAUGAUUCGAGCAAAUCGGAGAAUUCGUACCUGCUCUUCGAACUGGUCACCGGCAGGACCGAGCAGACUAACAAGGACAACACCUUUAGAUUGGAAUCGAAUAAGGACGUGGCGGAUAUCAAGCUCUCUCAGAGUCUCGAUUACGAAAGAAACACGCAAUAUUCGUUGAUAGUACGGGUGCAAAAUAAGAAUGAAUUGGCUGCGGAAACGGUGAUUGAUAUUGAAGUUCUCGACGUUAAUGACAAUAUUCCAGCCUUCCGUGAUAUUACGAAGGGAAGCGUGCUGGAAAACGAGCCGCAAGGAGUAUCUGUCAUUCGAGUGCAAGCUACAGACGCCGAUGGGACCAGCGCUAACAAUCAGGUCCAUUACGACUUGGACAACUUCAAGGAUCUGUUCACCAUCGAUAGUCAAACUGGUGUCAUCACUACGCUAGUGACGUUUGAUAGAGAAGUCGAGGACGCUUACAACGUUAAAGUAUUAGCGAUGGAUAAUUCGCCGAGUGCUCUGUUCAAAACCGGCUUACCCAAUAAAGGGCAACAGGUGUUCCGAAUAGAAAUCGCCGAUAAGAAUGACAAUCCACCUCGCUUCACCGAAAAGGUGUACACUCAUAACGCGGUCCCGGAAGACACGAACAUCAACACCUAUGUAACCCAUGUCGAGGCGAUUGAUUCCGACACAGCGAGUCCUGUCACAUACAGCAUUAUAGCAGGAAAUACUAACGAUAGUUUUUCUAUUGAAAGUUCAACGGGAAAAAUUCGCGUAAAUAAGACGUUGGAUUACGAGCAGAUCACCAAGUACAAUCUGACCGUGAGAGCAUUCGAUGGCUUGUUCAACGAUACAGCGCAAGUGGAGAUUUUUGUCGAGAACGUAAACGACAAUCCACCGAUCUUCGAAGAUUUUAACAGAAAUCCGACGAUAGAAGAAGAAAAAUUGGUGCCUGGUUGUAUUACUACCGUGGUAGCUUACGACCCUGACAUCGAAGAUAGAAAUGCCGAUCAGCAUAUCGCGUACUUCAUCGUUAAGGAAACUCAGCAACCUCUCAUCGAAAUUGACAAAACUGGUUGUAUGAAACUGAAGAAGCCACUAGAUCGCGACCCGCCGAAUGGCUAUUCGAUGUGGACUGUCAUCGUGAUGGCGAGAGACGAAGACGGUUCGUCCACGGCGCUACGGGAAUCGGUGGUCGUGAACAUCACUCUCCUUGACAUAAAUGAUAACGCACCAUUCCUCGAUAUGCCUUACCCCGUCAUUUGGAUGGAGAAUAAACCACCUGGCAAGAUAACCGAGCUCAAAGCGCGCGAUUACGAUUCCAAUGAUAAUGGUCCACCAUUCGAGUUCCGGAUCGACGACAGCGCGGACGAUGAGAUCAGAUCCAAGUUCGACAUUCACAAGUCCAAUUUGUUCGCGCGAGUGAUAUUUGAUCGAGAGCAGCGAAAGAGCUACGAUAUACCGAUCGCGAUUACGGACAGCGGUGUGCCAUCGAUGACAGGUACUUCGACGCUCACUGUGAUCAUAGGCGACGAAAAUGACAAUCCCAUGCAGGAGGGUUCUAGUUCGAUAUUCGUUUACAACUACAAGGGAGAGGCCCCUGAUACAGAGAUUGGCCGCGUUUACGUCAACGACCCGGACGAUUGGGAUCUGCCAGAUAAAUCCUUCGACUGGGCCUCUCCUCACGAGGGCUUCGUGCUAAACAGCAGCACCGGCAUGAUCACUCUGUUAUCAGGCACAUCGAAUGACACUUUCGUGCUGAAGUUCCUCGUAACCGAGAAAGGCCACUUCGGGCAAUCGCAUCAGGUACACGCGUACGUAAACGUCACCGUCAAGGAACUCCCAGAGGAGGCCGUGGAGAGAUCCGGUUCAGUGCGAUUUUACGGAAUAAACGCGGAGCAGUUCGUCGAGCCCGAUGAGUCCGGCGUCAGCAGGAAGGAGAUAUUCCAAGAAAAAGUAGCGGCCAUGUUGAACGUCUCGGUUGAAAACGUAGACGUGUUUACCGUGCUUCAUUCGCCUCACUAUAACAACAGAAGUCUGCUCGACGUGCGUUUCUCGGCGCACGGCAGUCCGUAUUACGCUCCCGAAAAACUGAACACUAUCCUCGCGCAACACUCGAAGGAGAUCGAACACGAGAUGAGAGCUGAUAUCUUGCUAGUGAACAUUGACGAGUGUUUGUUCGAGAAGAUGCACUGCAACAAUUCGUGCCGCAGUUAUUUGAACGCCAGCACCGUGCCGUAUUCUGUAUAUACCAAUAUCAGCUCGUUCGUUGGUGUCAGAGCGGUUAUGGAUCCGCAAUGCACUUGCCAUGUAGCGGAACCGAUCGUCUGCCUGAACGGCGGCACGCCUUUGGCGGAACGAUGCGAAUGUCCACCUGGUCUGGAGGGACGGAGGUGCGAACUAUUGAGUAUCGGUUUCCACGGAGAUGGUUGGGCCGUUAUGCCACCACCUGGUCAAGCUUGUGAAGAGUCACAUCUGGGACUGGAGAUAACGCCGCACGUCGACAACAGUCUUGUAUUUUACUUCGGCCCCAUGAUUUACAGUCCUAAACUUGGAGUUCAAGAUUUCAUGUCUUUGGAACUUCAGCACGGCUACGCUGUGUUGUACAUUGACUACGGGACAGGAACAGCGCGGCUAGAUCAGAAACAGAUUAAGUUAACGGACGGCAAGAGUCACAGAAUAGAUGUUUUAUGGACAAAAACGUCGAUAGAGUUAAAAGUGGACAAUUGCGCUAUAUCUGCCUGCCUGAGUCUGACCGCACCGCAAGGAACUAACGAAUUUCUCAAUGUCAAUGGGCCCAUGCAAGUUGGCGGAACGUUGAGUAAUUUAGCACACUUGGCGUCGAAAUUAGGAUGGAAUCAUACACCGACCGAGAAAGGAUUUGUUGGUUGCAUACGUAACAUGUCAAUUAAUGGCAAUACGUACAACUUAGGUAUGCCGUCGUUAUCUAAAAAUGCGGAUCCUGGUUGCAAUCACGGCAUGGCAAAGGCUGUAUCGUUCGGCAUCGAUACGAACUUUUUAGUAGCUAUAUUAGUCUGCGUAGCGAUAUUGUUAAUACUGCUGUUGGCGGUAGUCGUGCAGAGAAGGAAGACAGACGAUUUGUACAAGGACAUGGACGACAUUAGGGAAAAUAUUAUUAAUUACGAGGAUGAAGGUGGCGGCGAAGUUGACACGGGAUAUGACUUAAACGUGCUGCGAGCUAUUUAUGACGCGCCGCCUAUCGAUUCUAAAAUAGCUCCAGUUGGCCUACAGGGUAGAGGAACCGACGAAGUUCCUGACAUAUGUGGUUUCUUAGAUGGCAAGAAGGAAAGCUGCGAUAAGGACCCUGAUACGAAUCCAUUUGAUGACGUGAGACAUUACGCUUAUGAGGGAGAAGGCAACUCGGAAGGCGACUUAUCGUCGUUAGCUUCAUGUACUGAUGAUGGAGAUCUCAAGUUUAAUUAUCUGUCUAAUUUUGGACCAAGAUUCAGGAAAUUGGCAGAUAUGUAUGGAGAAGAACCCAGUGAUGAAGAUAGUGACGGUGUCGGUGAACGAGAGAGCGAAAGCUGGUGUUGAGUUUUCUUCUCUGAAAACUUCGUAGAUAUAAAAUUUUUAACGAAGAUGCACACAGCUCGCAAGUUUCGCUCCAGCUCGUGUGAUCAAUGUAAUUAUAAGUACGAGCAUACGUGCCGCAGACAUUUAACGUGGGGUCGUGCUCGUUUCCGAAGCUUCAACAGGUCGUGCUCGUUUUUGAAGUUCCAACAGCGUGAAGAGGGAAACGAGGCUUCAUUGUACUUAAAAUGACACGUAUAGUCUCAUUCACCGCUAAUCGAUGACGAACACUAGCCGCUCGACGAAAAGAAAUAGGCGAAAAAGUUUUACAAUACGCAAUUCUCCAUCGACGCGGUGUGCUGUUAUUACGAGUGGACUUAUUAAUAGAUAAAGUUUAAGGUUAAUCGCAAGUGACUGCUACGAAUGUUAAUAUGAAUUCUCCUUACUUGCAGAAAUAACGCGUAUCUCGUACUGAUCCUCAGAAUUAAUUUUUAUAUCGUAUCGUGUAAGACUUAGUAUAUUUACGUUACACUUUUACAUUAGAACUGAUACAUGUGCAUGAGUGGAACGAGAGAAAAUAGUGCGUUCACUGUACGUUGCGCGAAAGACGAAUAUGUAUUGCAAGAUUCUGGAUUAUAUAUGCCGCAUUCUCGUUAUAUUUUGACGAGUUGUUGGACAAUCGAUAUUUUGUACGAGGCAUUCUUUUUUUUUUUCUUUUUUACUUUUUAAACGUAAAUGUUUCUAACGUGAUUGUGACAUUUUGUGAUUUGGCAAAAUUACAAUAAAAAUUAAAUAAUAAAUUGUGCUGGAAUAUCACAAUAUACAUGUUACAUUACGUAAAUGGCUCGACACUUUGUCAACCGGUCCGUUGGGUAAUUGGAAAUCAUUUCUUUUUUAGUACUGAUAUGUUCUGAUUAUUAUACAAAAGAUUGCUUGAAAAAGCUUUUAAAAAUUUUGUUAACAUUUUCAAAAUAAAAGGACGGUUUACACGAGCCAGAUUUAUUUAAUGCUUAUUUUAUUAUACCUUUUAAGUAUCUAAUGUUUUAAUAAAAACAUUUUCUUCCCGUGUACAUACAUAAACCGACACGGACAAUUGGCAGUGGUAUGUGCGUCGUUCCGCGUGUUAUAAACAAUUUUAGGUAUAUUAUACGCCGAUAAAGUCGACGAAGUAUUAAGCACAUCUUUCAAUUGUUUAUUCAUUGAGAUCAUUGAGAUAAGAGCUAGAGAGAGCAAGAAAAAAAACUACUAUUUCUAUUUUGUUAAUAUUCUUUUCUUUUAACAUUAUACGUAAUAUUAACGAAAUGCUAUGUGACUGACUUCAAAACUCGCCGGCAAGAGAAACCUGAGUAACUUUGUAAAGUCGCGCGUUUAUGGCUGCCAGGUUCAAGAGACGUUCUCCCCGCGACCAGUCGCUUGUGUAUGUUCUGCUUCAAUACGGCUUGAACACUUUUUUCCGAUGCAGCCGAUGGUCGGGAUAAGAGAAUCUCUGGGAACUAAUCAUAAAUCAAAUUUUCCCAUUAGGACCAUUGGCUGCGUUCCGAACUGCAUUGAAAAAAGCGUUUAAACCGUAUUGAAAUCAAACUUACACACAUACCCACACCUGCGCGCACGCGCGCGAGAACUCGUAUAUAUAUAUACACUAGUAUCUUUUUUAACAGUAACUGUGUGCAUUCCAAUAGUAAAAAGAGGUUGCAAUGCAGCAAUACUUCUUGAUUAAGCGUUGCAGACGCGCAUUGCAGUUUAAUAAAUCGACGGUCUAUAACAAGAAUUCGUAUACGAUUGCUGAUCUGUGUUCUUGAGUUUGGCAAUCAUCGAGUUACAAGGUUUCCGGAUUAUUUUUUAUACAUUAUAUAAAUAUAUAUAUAUAUACAUACGAAAAGAUUAUAUAUAUAUAUAGAGAGAGAGAGAGAGAGAGAAAGUGAACUAUAAGAGUGUUUAAUGUAGUGAAUUGUGAAAGGACAAUUCUUCUUAACCAGAAUAUAGAAAGAUUAGCAUGGGAAUAAGGGAACGGAUGGAAAGAUAUAGAUAACAUCACUCUUCUAUUUAAUUUAUAUAGUAUUUUAAUAAUUGCGCGUAUGUGUGAGCGAAAGAGAGAGAGAGAGAAAGGAAAACAGAUGUACGACAACACGUGUGUAUGCGUAUUCGACGUCGUUUGUGUGUUAACAGACGAACACGUAUGUGUCGUGAUCGCGUGUGUAUUGUUAUAUUUGAUAUACGUUCCAAGCGCAAGUACGUAUAUACAUAUAUAUCCUUUAUACGUGUAUAUUUCUCGCGAGAAUUCUCGUUGCAAGUUUGUCCGUAAUGUUGUUCCGCCAAUAGGGUUUUAUUAUUGUAAGCACAUCCGGAGUAUUCCAGACAUCGCGACCGUGCGGAUGGAUAUAUAGACCGGGCGAAAAACCGACGCAUGAAGAUCGAGUGCCAUAGCGCGCCUCGGACGUUAAUUCUCGCUCCUUUUAUUUCGUAAAUAACAAUAACAAUAAUAAUUCCUAACGAUUAUUCCUACCGACAAAGGAUCAGCACACAUUCACGCGAUUCGCAAGUAAUUCCAGGACGACAAACGGUGUUAAUACACACAUACACACACUCGAAACAAUGCAAUCAAAUGUUUUGUCAUCGCGGAAUUAUUUGCGCUUGUCCCACGUCAGCGACCACUUCAUUAAAUCGUCACCAUUCUCGCCGUAACGUCUUCAAUGCGAUUAAUAAGUAUUUAUAUGUGUGUAUAUACACACGAUGCUUUUAUUUUUAAGGUCAUCGUAUAUAGAUCAGUAUAAUAGCCUUAAUAUGAAGCAUGAUCAGGUUAUUCAUAUUUUCUAACCGUAUACACAUUUGUUUUUAUUAAUACAAAGUUAUUACAAUCACAUGUUAUCGGUUUCGCUCUCUUUUGAAUAGUCAAUAAAUAAUAAACUAUCAUGCGUACGGUUAGUAAAUUCUAAAAGCUUAAAAAGCCUAGUUGCAUGACAUAUAGUAAGACUAUUAUGCUGGUUUGUGUACACUUGGUUUCAGUACGGUUUGAAUACUUACCUCGAUGCAGUUUGGAACACAGCCAAACAAAAGAACCUAACUUUUGGGAUUUAAUAAAAAAAAAAAAAUUUUUUUUUUAUUGGACCAUCGAUUGCGCGUUUUAAACUGCAUCGAAAAAAAGGUGUCUAAGCUGUAACGAAACUUAAAUAUAAUAAAGUUACGAUGAUGUAUGUAUUGUCUGCAAUUGGUUACGUUGAGGUGCAUUAUAGAUCGAAACGUUCCUCGGUUACUCGUGCUUCUUGAAACUCGCCAUUUUUUAUAACGCGUCGUCGACGAAGAAUUGACGAUUGUUGUGUAUAACGUUUCGAUACUUAUUGUGAACACAUAGUGAUAAGACGAACGAUUUUAAUAUUCAUCAAUAAUCAUGUUCAAGAUCAUGUUAAUAAGUCAUCAGUGAAUGAUAUCGAUAAAACUCCUCGAUUAUAUAUAAAAAAAAGAAAGCUGUAUAUAAGUAACCGGGGAUUGUUUAGAUCACGUUCCUGUGUGCGUAAACUAUGAAAUUCGAUCUUAAUAUUAAAUAUCUUACGCGUAAGAGUAAUCGUUAUGAAAUUCGUAGGGAUGAGAUCAAAUACGUUUUAAGCAGCUUGUUCUUUCUCUCUCAGCUUCUGUGAGCACUUCCAACUGUAGCAGCAUCUAAAAUAUAAUCAAAAUUUUCUGGAAAGUGUUUGAGCUUUUUUAUGAAUAUUUCGAAACAUUACAACAUCCAAUAGGAAUAUAUCAAUAUAUAUCUCCCUGUGUAUGUAUUUGAUAUGUGAUUGUGAUUUGUACUGUUUUCGAUGCUGUUAUAUUUGUAAGUAAAAGGACAAAAUCCGACUUUCUCGAGUAUGCAUAUUUUAUGAAAUUUUGCGUGGUGUUGCGUAUCAAUAUCAUUUGGUAUGUAUUUGAUUCUACCCUCGAUUGCAGCGCAUUAUUUUCGAGUGAAUUACGUGAAUGGAUACUCGAGCGUCGGAUGAACUGAGAUGCGUGAGAACACACAUUGAACUUGGUCUUAUCCCUAAGAACGCCAUGACACGGUCGUUACGACGGAUACUAGAACUAACAUUAGCGUUAAUUCUCUUUCGGUUCGUCGUAUUGUACUGCUAAUCAGUCGUUGGAACAAAACUCAACGUACCGCGCAGUCUUAAUACAUAUCGCGAAGAUUAAUGCAGAUAUAUAACAUUGCAAAUACAUAAUAAGAAAGACAGCUUAGGCGGAAGCGUGUGAUCUCAAGGAUUAAGGAGCGGAUUCUUGGUUGGACGUUCCUCCGUGUGAAUGUCUAUCCACGAACUACUUAGACGCUUGCCACUGAACAACGAUUAGGGCAGAAAAAAAUGAAUACAAUAACAGAGACCCUUAUAAUUUAGCUAGAAACAAGUACUAUUAUUCCUAUUGAAAUUUAAUUUUCGCGCAUCGUCUUACAAACUAUUCAUUUUCUUUUCUAUUAAGAUACUUUUGGCAAGCGUUGCGAAAAGACAUUAUGUCAAUACAAAGCCUGUAUGAUAAAGUUGGUAUAUGUGCAGGAUAUUUUAGAAUUAUAGGCGAAGAUUUAACUGGCUGAUGGAACUUGUAAAAACGAACAAAAAGAUACUUAUACGCAAACAUAGUUCAAUAGAUAAAAUAAUCAUCUUCGAAAUAUUUAGUUUCUUGUUUUACUACAUUCUUUACACUUACGAUUACGCGUAUUGUUGUAUUUAUUAAGAUUUUUUGUUCUCUCGUAAAUUAUAUUUACUCCCCAGUUGUCUUGACUUAUAUUUUUCACAUAUCCUGUGUAUAAAGAUUAAUUAAUGUAAAAUAAGUGUAAUAGAGGUUAAUAUCCCCGUCAAUUGGGCGUAUGUACAACAGCUAACAGUAAUAUCACUCGACUUUCUUUUAUUAACUUCGUUAAUAAGUGUAGCUCUUACAUAGAAACAUAAGGAUUUUAUAAAUUUCUGCGCGAGAUUUUUUUCUUUUUAAUUUACUCAUUCGUUGGAAGAAACUGCUCUUGCCCGCGUUAACUCUAAAUUCGUGCAAUCAUCGAUACUCACUUUGUGACGCUAUAAAAAAAAGUUUACAUAAUCGUCAUUCCUCGUUAACUUCAUACACUUGUAAAAGUUUACAUAAUCGUCAUUUCUCUAGUGUCCAUGGGAGAGACGAAUCGCUACUCUCAUUUCCGUCGCGAUAGGUCGUAAAGUGUAAGAAGUUCGUAAACGCUAUUAAUAAAUGUUUAUUGAACACUGCCUUUAAGUGAUAGAGAGAGAUCAAUUCUUCGACGCGCGAUCUUAACAAUUAAAUCUUAACCGGAUCUUGACGUAUUACUCCGCACUCGAAUGAAAGAAAAAAAAGAUAACAAGAAGGAAACGUACUAUAAAGAGACGCAAGUAUAACUAGAGAGAGAUACGAAAAUAUACAUAUUAUAUACACACGCAUAAGUAUAUGCGCGUGCGUAUACGCAGGCUUGUACAUUAUCUAGGAAAGUAAGACUUCUAUUGCGUACCAUUUAAUAUGUGAUAAUCGACGGCAACGCAUAUGAGCGCACCAUUAUCCUUUACCUUCGAUCCACCUUUAGCUCGACAACGUUAAGUGUAAUUUCUUUUUUGUAGCAAUAAAGUGAAAUUCGAAUAUA